CUUGCCUCCAGCCAGCCUCAAGGGUUCAAAGUUGCAGCACACCGGUUGGUAGCCUACGGGAUGGAUGUACGAAGUAAGGAAGAGGAAGAUGAAUCACACUUGGCUCCAGUGUCCAACUCUAAAGCUGCCCCAUCUACCCUGUCCCGUACAGAUCCCCUGCAACUGGUCAAGUUAAGCAGGGUGUCUGUGAUAUUAGUGGACUGCUGCAGGACAGGACAGCAUGGGACAGAGAAGAACAGAGAUGGAGAACAGCAGAAGAGUCUGAAACGGACAGGACUGUGCAUCUCAUCCUCCAUGGCCCUUUCAGGGAGUACCACAUCCAGCCGGACCCUGCAGAGAGAGCCAGAGGAGUCCGGAAGAUUGUCCCGUCCUCUGCGUGAACACAGCUCCCAGCUCAAAUUGUUCCGUCACACUCACUCAAGAGAGAAGCUGCACCACUGCAAGCUGUGCGGCAAAAGUUUUAAUCGUUUCAAUAGCCUUGGUAUCCAUCAACGAAGUCACACGGGAGAAAAGCCAUACCACUGCAAUCAGUGUGGUAAGAGUUUCGGUCAAGCGGGAAAUCUCAGAGCUCACAUCCGCAUUCACACAGGAGAGAGGCCAUACCACUGCGCCCAGUGUGGCAAGAGUUUCAUUCACAACGGAAAUCUCAGAGUACACCAACGAACACACACCGGAGAUAGGCCGUGUAAAUGCACUCAGUGUGGUAAGACAUUCCUUCAUCAGGGAGAUCUCAAAGUUCACCAACGAAUACAUACCGGCGAGAGGCCUUAUAAAUGCCCUCAGUGUGACAAGGACUUCAGCGUAAAGAGACAUCUGGAUAGGCACCAGCUUAUUCACACAGGAGAGAGGCCGCACCACUGCAGUCAGUGUGAUCAGAGUUUCAAUCAAGAGGGAGAUCUCAAAGUUCACCGGCGAAUACAUACAGGGGAGAGGCCGUAUGCCUGCACUCAGUGUGGCAAGGACUUCAAUAGAAAGGGAAGUCUCAAAAGACACCAGCGCAUUCACACAGGAGAAAGGCUGCACCAAUGCACUCAGUGUGGCAAUCAUUUCAGUCGAAUACAACAUCUCAAAAGACACCAGCGUGUUCACACAGGACAGAAGCCGUAUCAAUGCACUCAGUGCGGCAAGGACUUCAAUGUUAAGGGAAGUCUCAAAAGACACCAGCGCAUUCACACAAAAGAGGCUGCACCACUGCAGUCAGUGCGGUAAGAGUUUUCGACACAAAACAACUAUGAAUUGUAAUAUGAAUUGACCAUUGUUGAUCUGUGAUCCCUACUAACCACACCCAUUAGUUCAGAUUGGUUGCAGAGUUCAUUUAUAAUAUCAUAGGGGGGGCAUAGUUUUGCUAGUAAUAUUAACUUAAAGUUGAUGCAGAGUUGCAGUGACAAGAAAAUGUAAAAGCAUUUGUUCAGGUUUUAAAAAGCAGGUGGGUUA